AUGAUGACCAUUGAGGACUUGGGAUUCUGCAGCGACAUGGAAUUUUUCUCCUCCGCGCCUUACAUGGGCGGCGCCGCCGCCGCCGCCGCUGAAGAUCUGGUCGCCCCACAAAUCGACACAGAUCCGAACGCGGACGACGACUACAGCGACGAGGAUGAGAUCGACGUGGACGAGCUGGAGCGCCGCAUGUGGAGGGACAAGAUGCGCCUGAAGAAGCUGAAAGAACAGAGCAAGACCAAGGAAGGAAUCGACGUGGCCAAGCAGCGGCAGUCCCAGGAGCAAGCUCGCCGGAAAAAAAUGUCCCGAGCUCAAGACGGGAUCCUGAAAUACAUGCUGAAGAUGAUGGAGGUCUGCAAGGCCCAGGGUUUCGUCUACGGAAUCAUCCCGGAGAAGGGCAAGCCGGUGACCGGAGCUUCGGACAAUCUGAGGGAAUGGUGGAAGGACAAAGUCCGGUUCGACCGAAACGGCCCGGCCGCAAUCGCCAAGUACCAGGCCGACAAUUCGGUUCCCGGAAGAAAUGACGGUUCGAAUUCCAUGGGGCCUACUCCCCACACUCUGCAGGAGCUUCAGGACACCACUCUGGGUUCCUUGCUCUCUGCCCUGAUGCAACACUGCGAUCCGCCGCAGCGGCGGUUCCCACUCGAGAAGGGCGUCCCGCCGCCGUGGUGGCCGAGCGGCAACGAGGAAUGGUGGCCGCAGUUGGGGCUUCCUAAAGAGCAAGGCUCGACCCCGCCGUACAAGAAGCCUCAUGAUUUGAAGAAGGCGUGGAAGGUCGGGGUUUUGACCGCUGUGAUCAAGCACAUGUCCCCUGACAUCAACAAGAUCAGGAAGCUGGUCCGACAGUCCAAGUGCCUGCAGGACAAGAUGACGGCGAAGGAGAGCGCCACGUGGCUCGCCAUCAUCAACGAGGAGGAGAAGCUGGCUCGGGAGCUCUAUCCGGACUUCUGCCCGCCCUUGUCCUCCAACGGUGGUGGAGGGAGUGGUUCCCUGGUGAUCAAUGACUGCAAUGAGUAUGAUGUGGAAGGCGGGGACGAUGAGUCGAGCUUCGAUGUUCGCGAGAUCAAGCCUCAAGGGUUGGCUGGAUUUGGGGGUUUCGCGGGGAUCAAGGGCGAGGUUAUGACUGGCAGCAGUAUCUUGAAGAGGAAGCAACCUGCAGGUGGCGAGAUUGGUGGUAACAUGAUGAUGGACCAGAAGCUGUACACUUGUGAAUUCGUGCAGUGUCCUUACAGCCAGAUGAGACUAGGGUUCUGUGAUCGGAUCUCCAGGGACAACCAUCAGCUGGCCUGCCCUUACAAGCUCGGUUACACCAGCUCGAACUUCCAUAUCGACGAUGUCAAGCCGGUGAUCUUCCCUCAACAGCAGAAAGCCAAACCAAUCCUGUCUCCUGCUGUGACCUCGGUGUCUACUGCAGCAGCCCCAAUCGAUCUGACCGGGGUUCCUGAAGACGGGCAGAAGCUGAUCAGCGACAUGAUGUCGAACUACGAUACCAGCGGCACUCAGACCAGCAGCUGCAGCAGAACCACCCCCACCACUAGCUCGGCAAACAGUGUCGUUACCAUCAACGGUCUGUUCCAGCACCAGCAGCACCAGCAGAAAAUCCAUCAUCAGCCUGCUGAGAAUUACUUCCACCAGAACAUGUUCGUCGAUUCCAACUUCCAAAACAACAACAUCAGCAGCAUCAACAACAACAGCAAUCAGCAAUCCAUCUUCACACAGGAGACCAGCAGCCAGUUCCUCGACCGGUUCAAGCCGGUCAGCUCUCCAUUCGACACCAACCCAACCAGCUUCGAUCAAAUCCAGUCCACCAACAUGGGCCUCAGCAGCAACAACCACAACAUCAACAACAGCAGCAGCAACAACAACAACUUCAACCUGAUGUUUGCUUCGCCAUUCGACAUCGAUCUACAAGGGCUGGGAGUGGACAAUCAUCAGCUGCCGCAACAGCAGAACGUCUCGUCGAUCUGGUUCCAGUAA